AUGGAAGUGGAAGUUAUAGACGCGAAACGAGAAAGAGAAGUUGCUGUCAAAGCCGUACUUGAAAGUGAAUGUACCAAUUAUCUUUAUGAGUACCUAAUACUGAGAAAAGAACAAGCUUCUUUCAUAGAAAAUUCUCAAACUGAGCAUGCUAAAUAUUUUGCUGAGCUAACUAGACAACAAAAUUUUAAUGAACGCGCACAGCUCGCUUUAAAUGCGUUCGAGAAGACUUUGACAAGCAAAAGUAUCCGCUGGUUUACUUUUGUGAUGAUCCGCUGGUUUCGUCAAAGUUUGUUUCCUUCAUCUAAGCAAGAGCAUCCGCUGGUUUGCUCUUGUGAUAAUCCGCUGGUUUUGGAUGAAUUAGAAAGAAAGUCGCCGGCUGUAUCCCGCCUCUGGAGUGAAGUAGCUGAAAAACUUACUCAAUUUGCAAAUAAACAGAAGGCUGCAAAUAAGCAGGAGGCUGCAAAUGAACAGGAGGCUGCAAAUAAACAGGAGGCAUCGACUAAAGAUAUGAAUUUAUCUCAUAAGCGAGGAAUUGAGGUUAUGAUUAAUGACGAAAAAAAUGGUUCAUAUAAAAAGUGGGAAGUUGAUAAUAUCAAUGUAACCAACCGAUUUCGGCAAUAUCAGAAAGCUGUUCUCGCGAAGGCACAAAAAUGGGGUUUAAAAUAUUCGAGCAUCUAUGAACUUCUAGCUCUAGCAUCAAUUAUGGUGCUCUGUUGGCCAUGUCCAUAUUCCAAUUUCACAAACCAAGAAUGGAAAAAAAUUACAACAACCAAUCCUUACACUUUACAAGAAUCGCCGUUACCACCGGAAAUUUCAUUAUCUCUUCGAGAAGCAGCUAGUAGACGUUUGAUUAAUGGAGAUGUUUUCAUGAAUAGCAGUGAAUCAGAAUUAAGUAGAAUUGUUGCACUAACGUUCAACCUGUAUUAUGGUGCUCCAUCAAAGUUGUCGGAAGAGGAACAUUGCGAUAUGUUCAUAUAUCCAAUUGCUCGUUCAUUUCGCAGAAAUGAUAAAGAAUAUGAACUCAAAUUAAAUCGGGCUAAUUUUAAACCAUUGGGUUAUACUCCAUUGCAGGAGAAGAUGGACCGAUUGAAAGUUCAACUAAAGGCUCGGAAAUCGAUUAAUCAACAAUUACAAAGAAAAGGAGGUCCAGGCGAGGCAGUUAUGUUUUUAAGCAUUGGUAACUCAAUGGAAUCGUUUUUUAUGGAUCUGAAAUGUGAUGGCUAUACCGCUCCUGGUGGUUGA